GUUCGCCUGUCCCACGAAAUACUAUUCAAGCAGCCAGCAUGACUUAAGUGUGUCAAGGCAAAGAGGCUGCGAGACGAGCUCGAGAGGUGGGCCUCGACGGCCUGCGGCACAGGCGUUGUCGCGCGAUCAUGUCGUAUGCCUAUAGCUGAAGCUGAAAAAGGAUUCGCCGCAAGACCGCUCACUGCAUGUCGCUCUCGUGAAACUCGAUGCGAAUGAUUCAUGAGGCAUUGGUGGGCGGUGCAUUCUUGCUAUGCGACUUCAUUUCCCGAAGCCCAGGUAGAUUGGACUAUAGGAAUAGGCAGGUGGAGAUUAACUCCUGACACAGAGUGAGGAAUCGUCUCAUAGCAACUCGCGAGCAACUCCACCCGAACUCCUUCCUUUCCCUGUAAACAGCGGCACCACAUCGCUGUUGAGGUAUUGGUUUCGCGCUCAUAAAGACGGUUUUGAUUACAGAGGCGUCGGCAGUGCACCCUGGCCACUGGGAGAAACCACUAGUGCUCUCAAGUGGACCCAAAUCCACCAAAUCGUGAAUAGGACCUGAGUCUGUGCAUUACAUAAACUUGGCCUUCGCGGCCGGCGCCUGAGUGUUUCGUUUCAGCCGAGUUAACCCGAUUCGAGAGUUGAACGCGAGAGGGCCGCGCAGGAUGCACGCACUCGCAACCUAAGGGCUGGAUAUAUCAUGAUACGCGCAUCACGAUUACUGGUGCUGGCGGCUGUGUUGCUGGUGGCAGCCUGCGGCACAGGGGCACAAGAGCCCACCGACCCGCAACAGCCGGUUGACGAUGGCGACUACAUAGCCGGAGGCCACGGCUACGAGUACAGCAGCGUGGAUAAGACCUACACCGAACUGGACUUCUUGGACAACGGCGCGACCCUCGCGGCUUCGCCGUCUCCCACUAUAGUGGAGAACCGAGAUGGGUUCACCAGCCGCUCUCAGUUUCCAUACUGCCGCUGUGGCCGCGGCACCAGCAACAGCCCCUACCGCCUGGUGCUAAGCCGCGUGACGCAGCUGUCCAACGGUGCCAGCAGUCGGGCGUGCUACCGCAUCGUGGCCGCGGCGGACUGCGGCGCCCUGGACGCCAGCAGCCGCACCGGCAUGUGCUGCAACGAGGUGGAGCGGCAAUUGCACAAGAUCCACGUGGAGGCCGACCCGCGCUGCCGCGGCUCAGUGCGCUCGGUGUCACUGAACGGCUGGUCGGGUAAGGCGUGGCAGUGGGAGGACAGCCUGGGACCCAGCGCCUCGCUCAAGAUCAGCAACCUGGGUCUGAACAACACCCAGGCUCUGGCCACCGAGGUUUGCUUCACGCUGGCAGCCCCGUGCGCCAGCAUCCAGGACCUGUGCUUCAACGAGCCCUCCUGCAGGUAUGCGCUCUUCUCAGCUGCGGGCGUCAACGCCGAUGGCGGCUACUGCUGUAUGAUUGGGGACCUAGCCAUCAACGGCACCAGCAGCGGUGGUGGGUCGCCGCCCCCACCCGGGGCCAGCGGCAGCACACCUGCUCCUCCCUCGCCUCCUCCUCCUUCGCCCCCUCCUCCCUCCCAACCUCCUCCCUCGCCUCCUCCUCCCUCGUCUCCUCCCUCGCCUCCUCCUCCCUCGCCUCCUCCUCCCUCGCCUCCUCCCUCGCCUCCUCCUCCCUCGCCUCCUCCUCCCUCGCCUCCUCCUCCCUCGCCUCCUCCUCCCUCGCCUCCUCCUCCCUCUCCUCCUCCCCCGCCUCCCCCUCCCUCGCCUCCUCCGCCCUCCCCUCCCCCUCCCUCGCCUCCUCCGCCCUCGCCUUCCCCUCCCUCGCCUCCACCGCCCUCCCCUCCUCCUCCCUCUCCUCCUCCCCCGCCUCCCCCUUCUCCACCUCCUCCAUCCCCAUCUCCUCCCUCGCCUCCUCCUCCCUCCCCUCCUCCUCCCUCACCUCCUCCGCCCUCCGGUGACUGCAGUGAAGUUACUGACAUCAUCGUGGGCGGCAUUGACAGUGUGCUAUACAUGGGAUACGUCGUGACUCAGCCCUUUGAGGCCCUCGUGUGCAGUCCGACGCUGCUCAAGGUGUGCGGAGUGCUGGAGCAAAGCACCACCGGCGGGCGGCGGCGCAGCCUGCUGGUGGAGAUGGUGCAGGGCGCCGCACAGGACGCACUGCGUGCGGAGCUGCAACGUCAGCUCGAGAGCCUGGUGGAUAUUGUCACUGGCACCAACUGCCCGACGGACACAGACGUCACCGCGCUCCUUGCGGGCGACGGCAACGACCUACAGGACCUGCCGCCGAGCCCUCUGAUCGGCGAGCCCUCGCCCCGCGUGGCUCGGCAAUGCGCCCCUACGGCCUCGCCGCCACCUGACUUUGUCAUCCCGACCGAGGGUGCGCCGCCGCCACCUCCGGGUGGAAGCACUGGCAGCCCCAGCCCUGAGCCUAGCGUUUCCCCGGCCCCCGGUGGCUCGCCCGCUCCUUCGCCUGGUGCCAGCCCUGCCCCUGGUGGCUCGCCGGCGCCCAGCCCUGAGCCCAGCGUCUCCCCGGCCCCCGGCGGCUCGCCCGCUCCUUCGCCUGGUGCCAGCCCUGCCCCUGGUGGCUCGCCGGCGCCCAGCCCCGAGCCCAGCGUCUCCCCGGCCCCCGGCGGCUCGCCCGCUCCUUCGCCUGGUGCCAGCCCUGCCCCUGGUGGCUCGCCCGCGCCCAGCCCUGAGCCCAGCGUCUCCCCGGCCCCCGGUGGCUCGCCCGCUCCUUCGCCUGGUGCCAGCCCUGCCCCUGGUGGCUCGCCCGCGCCCAGCCCUGAGCCCAGCGUCUCCCCGGCCCCCGGUGGCUCGCCCGCUCCUUCGCCUGGUGCCAGCCCUGCCCCUGGUGGCUCGCCGGCGCCCAGCCCUGAGCCUAGCGUUUCCCCGGCCCCCGGUGGCUCGCCCGCUCCUUCGCCUGGUGCCAGCCCUGCCCCUGGUGGCUCGCCGGCGCCCAGCCCUGAGCCCAGCGUCUCCCCGGCCCCCGGUGGCUCGCCCGCUCCUUCGCCUGGUGCCAGCCCUGCCCCUGGUGGCUCGCCGGCGCCCAGCCCCGAGCCCAGCGUCUCCCCGGCCCCCGGCGGCUCGCCCGCUCCUUCGCCUGGUGCCAGCCCUGCCCCUGGUGGCUCGCCGGCGCCCAGCCCUGAGCCCAGCGUCUCCCCGGCCCCCGGUGGCUCGCCCGCUCCUUCGCCUGGUGCCAGCCCUGCCCCUGGUGGCUCGCCCGCGCCCAGCCCUGAGCCCAGCGUCUCCCCGGCCCCCGGUGGCUCGCCCGCUCCUUCGCCUGGUGCCAGCCCUUCCCCUGGUGGCUCGCCCGCGCCCAGCCCUGAGCCCAGCGUCUCCCCGGCCCCCGGUGGCUCGCCCGCUCCUUCGCCUGGUGCCAGCCCUGCCCCUGGUGGCUCGCCGGCGCCCAGCCCUGAGCCCAGCGUCUCCCCGGCCCCCGGUGGCUCGCCCGCUCCUUCGCCUGGUGCCAGCCCUGCCCCUGGUGGCUCGCCGGCGCCCAGCCCUGAGCCCAGCGUCUCCCCGGCCCCCGGUGGCUCGCCCGCUCCUUCGCCUGGUGCCAACCCUGCCCCUGGUGGCUCGCCGGCGCCCAGCCCUGAGCCCAGCGUCUCCCCGGCCCCCGGCGGCUCGCCCGCUCCUUCGCCUGGUGCCAGCCCUGCCCCUGGUGGCUCGCCGGCGCCCAGCCCCGAGCCCAGCGUCUCCCCGGCCCCCGGCGGCUCGCCCGCUCCUUCGCCUGGUGCCAGCCCUGCCCCUGGUGGCUCGCCGGCGCCCAGCCCUGAGCCCAGCGUCUCCCCGGCCCCCGGUGGCUCGCCCGCUCCUUCGCCUGGUGCCAGCCCUGCCCCUGGUGGCUCGCCCGCGCCCAGCCCUGAGCCCAGCGUCUCCCCGGCCCCCGGUGGCUCGCCCGCUCCUUCGCCUGGUGCCAGCCCUGCCCCUGGUGGCUCGCCCGCGCCCAGCCCUGAGCCCAGCGUCUCCCCGGCCCCCGGCGGCUCGCCCGCGCCUUCGCCUGGUGCCAGCCCUGCCCCUGGUGGCUCGCCUGCGCCCAGCCCUGAGCCCAGCGUCUCCCCGGCCCCCGGUGGCUCGCCCGCUCCUUCGCCUGGUGCCAGCCCUGCCCCUGGUGGCUUGCCGGCGCCCAGCCCUGAGCCCAGCGUCUCCCCGGCCCCCGGUGGCUCGCCCGCUCCUUCGCCUGGUGCCAACCCUGCCCCUGGUGGCUCGCCCGCGCCCAGCCCUGAGCCCAGCGUCUCCCCGGCCCCCGGUGGCUCGCCCGCUCCUUCGCCUGGUGCCAACCCUGCCCCUGGUGGCUCGCCCGCGCCCAGCCCUGAGCCCAGCGUCUCCCCGGCCCCCGGUGGCUCGCCCGCUCCUUCGCCUGGUGCCAGCCCUGCCCCUGGUGGCUCGCCGGCGCCCAGCCCUGAGCCCAGCGUCUCCCCGGCCCCCGGUGGCUCGCCCGCACCUUCGCCUGGUGCCAGCCCUGCCCCUGGUGGCUCGCCUGCGCCCAGCCCUGAGCCCAGCGUCUCCCCGGCCCCCGGUGGCUCGCCCGCUCCUUCGCCUGGUGCCAGCCCUGCCCCUGGUGGCUCGCCUGCGCCCAGCCCUGAGCCCAGCGUUUCCCCGGCCCCCGGUGGCUCGCCCGCCCCCAGCCCCGCUCCUAGUGCUUCGCCUUCGCCAGGUCCAUCCGGGUCGCUAGCUCCACCAACUGCAGAGCUUCCACCGCCACCGGAGCCAAGCCGCGAGGUGUUCUUCCCACCGAGUGCAUUUAACCGCAGCCCACCACCUCCCGCCUCGGGCGCGUCACCCGCUCCGUCUCCAUCACCUGGUAGCAGCCCGGGCCCCGGGUUGCCACCCGGUCCUUCGCCUGGUGCCAGCCCUGCCCCUGGUGGCUCGCCGGCGCCCAGCCCUGAGCCCAGCGUCUCCCCGGCGCCCGGUGGCUCGCCCGCGCCUUCGCCUGGUGCCAGCCCUGCCCCUGGUGGCUCGCCCGCGCCCAGCCCUGAGCCCAGCGUCUCCCCGGCCCCCGGUGGCUCGCCCGCUCCUUCGCCUGGUGCCAGCCCUGCCCCUGGUGGCUCGCCGGCGCCCAGCCCUGAGCCCAGCGUCUCCCCGGCCCCCGGCGGCUCGCCCGCUUCUUCGCCUGGUGCCAGCCCUGCCCCUGGUGGCUCGCCUGCGCCCAGCCCUGAGCCCAGCGUCUCCCCGGCCCCCGGUGGCUCGCCCGCCCCCAGCCCCGCUCCUAGUGCUUCGCCUUCGCCAGGUCCAUCAGGGUCGCCAGCUCCACCAACUGCAGGGCUUCCACCGCCACCGGAGCCAAGCCGCGAGGUGUUCUUCCCUCCGGGCGCCUUUAACCGUAGCCCACCACCUCCCGCCUCGGGCGCGUCACCCGCUCCGUCUCCCUCACCUGGAAGCAGCCCGGGCCCCGGGUUGCCACCCGGUCCUUCGCCUGGUGCCAGCCCUGCCCCUGGUGGCUCGCCUGCGCCCAGCCCUGAGCCCAGCGUCUCCCCGGCCCCCGGUGGCUCGCCCGCUCCUUCGCCUGGUGCCAGCCCUGCCCCUGGUGGCUCGCCGGCGCCCAGCCCUGAGCCCAGCGUCUCCCCGGCCCCCGGUGGCUCGCCCGCUCCUUCGCCUGGUGCCAGCCCUUCCCCUGGUGACUCGCCUGCGCCCAGCCCUGAGCCCAGCGUUGCCCCGGCCCCCGGUGGCUCGCCCGCCCCCAGCCCCGCUCCUAGUGCUUCGCCUUCGCCAGGUCCAUCAGGGUCGCCAGCUCCACCAACUGCAGAGCUUCCACCGCCACCGGAGCCAAGCCGCGAGGUGUUCUUCCCACCGGGUGCAUUUAACCGCAGCCCACCACCUCCCGCCUCGGGCGCGUCACCCGCUCCGUCUCCCUCACCUGGAAGCAGCCCGGCCCCUGGUGCCAGCCCAGCCCCAGGCGGAUCGCCGGCGCCCAGUCCCGCACCGGGCACGUCUCCCUUGCCAGCACCCAGCAGUCCUACUCCCGGGCCCAGCGUCUCUCCCUCGGUGAGCCCUUCGCCCAGCAACGCACCGCCGCCGGCGCCCGAACAGCCUCCGCCAAUGUACGGCGCGUAUCCCCCUCCUCCCUACCCAGCCGCCUACCCACCAUCCUACCCACCACCGUAUGGUGGUGCACCGCCGCCGCCCUAUUACACACCUGCCUACCCUCCUGCCUACCCUCCAUCUCCCACGUAUGGUCCGGUGCCGAGUCCCUCCGUUGGGGGGUCUCCGCCUGUGCAAGCCCCCAAGCCUCCCAGCCCUGAUCCGCCCUCGCCGGUUCCUCCAAGUCCCGCUCCGCCCUCGCCCGUGCCUCCCAGCCCUGAGCCGCCAUCCCCGGUGCCACCCAGCCCUGAGCCACCAUCUCCGGUGCCUCCCAGCCCUGAGCCACCGUCCCCGGCGCCUCCCAGCCCUGAGCCACCGUCCCCAGCGCCUCCCAGCCCUGAGCCACCGUCCCCGGCACCGCCCAGCCCAGCGCCUCCCAGCCCGGUGCCCCCAUCCCCCACGCCUCCCUCCCCAGCACCCCCCAGCCCCGCGCCUCCCAGCUACCCGCCUUCGCCGGCGCCUCCCUACCCGCCGGCGCCCUCUCCACCUCUGGCACCUCCUCCCUACUACGGAGUGCCGGCGUAUCCCCCGCCCCCGCCCUACUACUCCGGUGCCCAGCCCCCUCCCCCGUUCUACACCGGCGCCCCGCCCCCACCGCCCUACUACUCCGGUGCCCAGCCGCCUCCUCCGUACUACACCGGCGCUUUGCCCCCUCCUCCUCCCUACUAUACCGGCGCCAUCCAGCCGCCUCCGCCAUACUACGUCUCGUCCCCGCCGCUGUACGCGCGCCCACCGCCGCGGCCAGCGACGGUGCUGCCGCCGCCUUACCCUCCUGCUGGCCCGCCGCCGGUGGAGGUGUGCGCCACGGAGGUGCUCAUCCCGCCGUCGGAGCUGGCGCCCGGCCGUGAGCCCUUCACGCUGACUGAGGCACAGUGUGCGGAUCUCAUCUUGCUGCUGGCGGACGACCUCUCCUUCGCCUCCGACGACGUCGGCGCCGCGCGCCUGACCGACUGGGGGGCCGGGAGGACCGCCUGCUUCCUGUCAGCUGAGGCCGCGGCCGCCGCCUCACCACCUGCCGCCGGGCCAGGCGUGCAGCUGUGCGCCGUGUUCGCCUCCGCCGCGGAGGCGCUGCAGCUGCAGCCUCAGCUGGACAAUGACUACAUGGACCAGCUCCUGGAGCAUGGCGCAUCGGUGACCGGCGACGGCAGCGGCGCCGCCUGCAGCGCCGCCCUGUCGGGCUACACGCCCCUCAUCACCAUCGCCGCCACGCAGCCGCUGCCCGACGGCGUCACCAACGCAGACGUACCCUUCAGCGAGCGCACCGGCGGCGCCUGCGCGCCGCUGUCGCCGCCGCCGGAGGCGCCGGUGUACGGCGGCUCGCCGCCGUUGGCAGCUUUGCCGCCGCCGUACGGACCCCUGCCGCCGGCACCAACGCUGCCGUCGGGCGCGGUGACGGUGUGCGCGUCCGCCGGCGCGGUGCCGCCGGCGCAGCUGUCACCGGGCCAGGCCGAGUUCACGCUCAACGACACCAGCUGUGCGGAUCUCAUCAGCAAGGAGGCCGCGCUGCUGUCACAGAUCACCGCAGCCACCGGUCUAGAGCUGCUGCAGGACUGGGCGUCCUCGCCCUACCUCUACACCUGCUACCGCACCGCAGACGCGUCCCGCGACCCCGCAGACCGCGGCGUGGGCGUGCGCGUGUGCGCCGUCUUCCUGACCCCCGCCGAUACCAAGGCCCUGCAGGCAGUGGUUGAGGAUAGCCCGGUUCUCGACACGCUGAUCGAGAUCCUCGCAAGCGCAGCCGGCGGCUCCGGCGCCGACGGCGGCGGCGGCUGCGCCGCCGCCGCGCUGUCCGGCUACACACUGGCUGCGACGCUGGCGGUGCCGACGCCACUGCCUGACGGCAUCAGCGAGGGCGAUGUGAUGACGCCGCUGUUCCGGCAGAACGCCUGCGCACUGCUGCAGCCGCCGGCCGCCCCAGCGCCGCCGGACGGCUCGUUCCCCACGGUGCUUGCACCGCCGCCGGUGCUGGUGCAGUCGCCGCCAGACCCCAGUCGUGAGGUGUUCUUCCCCCCGGGUGCCUUCAGCCGCAGCCCACCGCCUCCAUCGCCGGACCCGCCUUCAGAAACAGGCGCGCCCCCAUCCCCGUCCCCGUCGGCGUCGCCGUCACCCUCGACCGCCGCCUCUCCCUCGCCGGCGGUAGCGGCGCCGCCGCCCUCGCCGGCGCCGCCUGCACCCUCAACAUCGCCAUCGCCGGGAUCGCCCCCGCCGCCUUUGGGAGCAGUUCUGCCCGUGCCCGUGCCCUCCACGAGCGUGCCCUGGGCCGACACGGGUUACGGCUGGUCGAUGUACGACACCUCUGAGAACGCCACGUACUACGUUACGUCGUACCUCUGUGUCGUGCCGUCCAGCUCGCAGGAGAUGCGCGGCUGGAGCGUGGUCGUGGAUUCCUCGCUGCUUGGAUCCGACUUGCAGGUGUCGGGCGUGACCGGCACGCGCACGGAUAUCGACGGCGCCGUCAGUGCCGUACAGGUCAUCCCCUACACCUCAAGUUCCGUGCCGACGGUGACGGUGGUUGACAACAUGACUGCCUCCACCAGCGUAAUCUACACGCUAUACUGGCCAAAGACGUUCACCAUCGCCAGCCGCCACCUGCAGCAGCAGCACCGGCGCCUGGCACAGAGCACCGCCUCGCCGUCACCGGUAUCCGGCAGCGGCACCACCACUCGUUUCAACAACCUGACCAUCAUUGCUUGGACCCCAGACGUCAUCUCUUCAGUGACCCUCGCGCCCGGCCUCACCGGCCCCAACUCGGCUGCUCUGUCGCUGGGCGCCGCCGCUUGUGUGGCCGCCGGGAGCACCAGCCCGCUCCCUUGGCCCGUGGUCGGGUCCGAUGGCUGCCUCGUCGGCACAAUGAGCCGUACCUACAUUGGCACGUCCGGCCGUACCGUGGUCACACUGCGCGUCGCACCCAACGGUGCCCUCGACGCAACCGUCGCCGCCAACUGCACCACUUGGUUCGCCAGCCUGUCGCAGCCCGUGUUCGUACGGAUGCCGCUAACCAACUCAACCGCCGCCGCGGCGGCGGAUCUGUUUGUUAACCGUACGGCCGCCUCGGCGGCGGGCAGUGUACUGCCGGUCGGAGUGUACGUCAAGGACGGGGCACUGGUGCUGCCACGUGCCGCGGUGGGCAACGCCGCAUCGUCCUCCUACUUUAAGAUGGAUGUGCAGCUGGCGCUGCCCAGUGCUCUGGCGCUGAGCGACGUUUGCGAACAGGCCAUGCUGUCUGGCCAGUGGCCCAACACCUGCGCCCUGCAAGUGGUGGACCGCAACCUGUGCACCCAGGGCGUGGCGGUAGAGUCGGCCAACGGCGAGGCUGGGCCCGUGGGGCAGGCCCCGGGCGUGGCGCAGGCGCCCAGCCCGCCGCCCACACAGGGCAGCCUGCAAGGCGAGAGCGGGGAUGGCGGCUCCAGCGACCGUGGCAGCGGCGGCAGCGGCAGCGGCCUGAGCAACUCGGAAAUCGCCAUUGUGGUCUCGCUGGUGGUUGGUUGCUUCCUCCUGGCGCUCAUUGUUGUUGCGCUGUUUGUGCGCUACCGGCGGCGCAAGUGGGCGCCCGCAAAGGAGGUGUUCAGCGGCGGCACGGGCGCAGUCGGCAGCUCAGGGGUUGCGGUGGACAUCAACGCUGUGGCGACAAGCGGCGCGCUGCCAGCCGGCUCCGGCAUGCGCUCCCUGCCAGCUGCCUUUGGUGCUGCUGAUGCAGCUGCCGGCGACACUGCAGGCGCCGCAGGCGCUGCCAGCGGCGUCGGCAUGGCCCUCGCGCCGCGGAUUGAGAGCUCGGUCAGCAACGACGGCACCUUUUACACCGCCAUGGAGAGCGGGCUGAUGCAAGCGGAUGGCGCCAACCUGUCGUCGACAUUGGGCGCUGCUGGGCCCGGCGGCAGUGGGGCAGCAGGUCCGGCUGUGGGAGCAGACACCAGUGCUCACCGCCUGGCGGCAGUGCGCGCUGCACUCGCCCGCAGCGGCGUCGGCAGUGCGACUGGGCAUGCGGGUCCGGGGCCCAGCCGCUUGAGUGGCAGCCACGUCCCAGCUGCGGUGUAUGGAGGGCCAGGGCCUAGCACCUCCACCGGGGCGGGGCCUAGCACCUCAGGCGGUGCCGGCCUCGGCGAUGCCGGGGCGGGCCCGAGCACUAGCACCGGCGGUGGUGCAGUGGGCUUGGGGCCGGAGGGGGCGGUGAACUGGGCGAUGACCCAGCCGAGCACGGCGCCUUAAGUUUUGUCGUGAAGCGGUAAAGUUUUGGCAACAUUUUGUACAUAGGGGCUGCAGGAGGAAUAAGAAUCAUUCUUUCGUUGUUACACUUGGUGGCUUGGUGUGCUUGCGGGAUGUCCGUGCUCGUGUGUGCGUGUGCAUGUGUACCGGUUGAUGUGCGUUAAAGAGUCCAACCUUGGGUUCAAGUGUGUCACGUGUGUUGCAACGGGGGGCCGCUGCUUUUUCCUUCAGGACGCGGUGGGGGGGGGGGGUCAACUAUCGGCUUCGGCUCAUAUCAGGUUGGCGCACCGAUGUCAGUAGUAACGCAGGAGGGGCGUUGUCAGCUUAAGGCGUACCGGUACGUAGAUAAGCACACUCUGGUCGCACAAAAUGAGGCCGGUGCCGGGGCAGCCGGGCUGACAUACAAGUUAUGCAGGUGGUGCUGAUACUGGCGAACGCGAAGUAAACCUUGAAGUAAACAUAAAUGACAAGCCCGCGUUGCACACGCUGCCAUGCGCGUGUUAGGGCGGGCAUCACCAGAUGUUGAGUUGCCGGUUUAGUGGCAGGAUGUGCGUGCGUAUGGUAUGUUUAUUGCGCGCGAGAGGACACUGCGCAACUUGCGGCUUGCGUGCCGGGAUGGUUGCGUGCUGCGUGUUCGCGGGUGAUACUUAGGUUACCGUGCUGCGUGCGCGACUGCGCGGUGCUCGUGACGGGUUACUGGUCGCAUGCUCUGCACGGCUCUAUCUGGCUAGGUUGUCGUACGCAGGGCCGCUGCCUGAGUGCCUGGUGUAACGGGAUACGCUU